AUGAUCGGCAAGUAUCUUCCCGUGCGCUGUGCCGCUCACGGCAAAGUUCAGGAAAUUCGACUGCCGUCGGAGAUGGAGGUGAGGUGCCCGAAUGGUGGUUGUGACAUGCCUUGCCCGAAAGUUUUGUCAUGUGGACACCAAUGUGAUCGAAAGUGCCAUCCGGUUGACGACCACAAAGAGUAUCAGUGCCAGGUGACGGUGGAAAAGGCGUGCCCUCGCAGCAAACAUAUUGCCACGAAGAUUUGCUCUGAGGACUUUGGCCAGUGCGGCCGAAUGCUCCUGCGCAAUAUGCCAUGUGGCCACAUUGCCGACUUUGCCUGCCACCUGGCCGAUGAAAGCCUUCAGUGUCGAGCGCCGUGCGACCGACCUCUGGCCUGUGGCCACUAUGAUUGCAAGAAGCUGUGUCACCAAGCCUGCUCAAUCUGCACUAGGGAGGUGUUCCUGCCGUUCCCGCGUUGUCCAUUUAACCAUCAGGCGACGGUUCAUUGCCGCUUUCGUGCGGAAUUCGAAGAGGAACGCCCAAACUGCCAACAUCCCUGCCCGGAACUUCUGUCGUGCGGCCAUCAUUGUACCGAAGUAUGCGGAGACGCUUGCACGUUUCAGUGUAUCGAGGCCGUCGACCAUCAAUGCCCGGGUUGUGGUCAGCGGAUGGAGAAGCCCUGCUUCGAAGAGCCCGAUGACGUGCGCUGCGACUUGUGCACGUAUAUGACGUCAAGU